AUGUCGGCUCUUUUAGUCGAGCAGCAUUCUGCAGAAUACAUGAACGAGUAUUGCGGUGGUGAGCUGAUCGCCACGGCGGUCUCGUUCAUCAUCCUGGAACUCACCUUCGCGGCUGUCCGCUUCUGGGCCCACAAGAGGCAGAGAAGAAACUGGGGCGUGGACGAUUGGCUGAUGUUUCCCGCCCUUCUGGCCAAUCUGUGUGUCUGUAUCACAGGAAUUGUGAUGAUCCCUGUCGCCGGCGUGGGAUACCAUAUUGACAAGAUCUUGAAGGAAGCGCCCUGGAAACUCAUUCAAUUCCAGAGAGGCAUUUUCGCUGGAAUAUGGGUGUGGGGCUUGGCGAUAGCUCUACCCAAGUUGGCAAUCCUCGCUUUCUACCUUCGCUUCUUCAAGUCCCGAAACGAGCGGAUCGUCACCUAUGUCCUCAUGGGCAUCAUUGCAUCGACCUAUGUUGCCAUUUCUUUGGCCCACACGUUCGCUUGUAUGCCUGUGGGGUAUCAGCUGAACCCCUUCAAGCCGGGAAAAGGUCAGUGUUUCGAUACAAAGGCAUUCUAUCGUUGGAUGUCCUUCCCAAAUAUCGUCACGGACAUCGUCAUGUUGGUUCUACCUCUUCCAAUGGUCCAUCGGCUGCAUACAUCGCAUGCUCAGAAGAUCGGACUUGGGAUCAUAUUUGCCACUGGCGGAAUAGGUCUCAUUACCUCGUGUUGUCGAUUUGCGAUUUUCUACAGCGACACAGAACGUCGGGACGAUACUUGGAAGGCAGCGUCUCUGCACAUGUGGACCGAGAUCGAGCCCGGGGUGUACUUCCUUGCUGCGUGCAUGCCAUCCUUUCCACCACUCAUCCAACUUCUCAGAACUCGAUUUGUUAGGUCCAAGAGAGGUUCCAGUCAGACCUAUCCCUCCGGCCAUAAAAACAUUGCACUCUACACCAUCGGUGGAAGUGCCCGGCUUCAGGAUUCUGUCCCUCUGACCCCGUCCAAUACACAUGAGGAUUUCCCUCCACUGAGCGACGAUGAGGAGACAGCCAGAAAGCCAGCCAUCCCGGAUUACAACGAAGAUGGUGGGUUCCGGCACAGUGUUGCAUAUGCUGAUCUGGCCGGGAUCGAAGCUGCUCGGACUGGGAGUCCACGUACUCUUCGAGAACUAUGGCCUCCCAGGAGGAUCCGUGUCAUGGAGACAGUCAGUGUUCGGCACGACGGAUUUGGCUCCCUGGACGGUUCUUGA